ACCAGUGUCUCUCUGCGGCCUUGGCCGCCUUUUCGGUGGAGUUUAAACUGAACGGCUAAUCUAAAAUAAACCAAAAACUGCGUCUUGCAGUUUUUGCAGAAACUGAGGAAUGCGCAAAAGUAGUUUUUUCUUCGUAUACCGGACGUAUUUUUAACUUCAAAGUGCGAGUGGAGUUGUGUAGAAAGGGCGCGGGUGUAAUCUUUUGUUCAAUACACAACGGAGGUAAAAUGUGCCAUUAAAAAAAAAAAAAAGUAUUAGAAAAUGUGGGGUGGGGGCGGACGGAAUACCGGCGACUACAUUUUAAAAGCUUGCGACCGGAAAGGAAAGGGGCUCUGUUUUUGCGUUCAGCCACGCAGGCCCUUAAAGUUGUAGGUCACUCAAAACAAUUAAUAAUGAAUUUAAAAAAGGGGGGCUAGGUCCACUGUCGUCUUCUACUUCUUGUGUCCCCCCUCCCCUCCUCCAUUUGAAAAAGAGAAACAAGAUUGCCAAGAAGCAGUGGCGUGUUGGUUGAGGAGAACAGAUUAGAUGUCGCUUGCCUCUCCGUCAAUUCUGUGUUUAAUAUCACUGGGCUCCAUUGUGGGAGAAGCAGACGCGUCAUCCUGCCAUAAAUUUGUGAUUAUAGAGCUUCCAACAGGCUCUCCACUCUAGUUGAUCGGAUUUGCUCAAUGCAAGGCAGUGGGGAUUGGUGUUCAAGUGAAAACACGAACAGAUAAGGAACGAGACAGACACAAAAAUAAGACUUUUUUUUUUUUUUUUUGCUUUCUUAUUCCAAAGUCUGGGCGUUCAGAAUAAACAGAAAACAUACAAACGCAGUGCUCCAUUGAUCUGGAUUUCACGGCAUCCACCCUCGGCUAAUAAAAGGGGCAGAAUUAAAACUUAACCCAAUUUCUUUUUCUACUUUUUUUUUUCUUUUUUGUUUUUGUAACUCUAGUGGAUUUCUAUUGUACGUGUUAUUGAUUUCUUCCCCCACCUCGCUAAUUCACCCGGAUUUAUAUAUAUUUUCUCCCCCCCAGUCAAGGAUUACUUAUUUUGUAGAAAAUAAUGGGAGGCUACUUUUUUGGCUGGAAAAGCCAGCGAUCUGCUGAAGAGAAGAUCAAAUCGAAGCUCUAGAAAGGAUUAUAUUUUUGGCGUGUUUUGCUUGUCUGAUUCUGCACCCCCCCUCCCGGGUUUGGAUUUAUCAGUUCGAGCGCUAUGGAAGGCCGGGAUUUCGCUCCUCCGCCUCACCUCCUGUCUGAGCGGGGCGCGCUGGUUCACCGUGCCGCGUCUCGGAUCGCUUCGGCCGGCCACAGCUCCGUGCAGCACCCCGGUCACUUCCAGCCGGGAAAAUACUACCCAUCUCCCAUUCCCAUGGCUCCACACUCAGGAAGCGGAUUGAUGGGGAGCUCGUCUGCCUCCUUCAUGGGCACUUUCCUGGCCAGCAGCCUGGGCUCACCCCCCUCGCACCCCCCUCACCCCUCGGGGCCCCCCUCCUCCCCUCAGAGCCCCCCUUCCAUGGGGGGCCGCACCUCCGGGGCCUCACAGAUCUGGUUCCCCCACUCUCACGAAGCAGCCCCGGGGUAUCCCCGCUUUUCAGGCAGUCUGGCCUCCACCUUCCUUCCCAUGAGCCACUUGGAUCACCACAGCAACAGCAGCGUUCUGUAUGGGCAGCACCGUUUCUAUGACACACAGAAAGAUAACUUCUACCUGAGAAGCCUCCCCUCCCAGCCAACGCUGCUCUCAGCCAAUCACAGAUUCCCGGCUAUCUCGCGGGCAGCGCCAGGGCACCCUCUGGGGUCCUGCAGCCGUGAGCGGGACUCGGGAGGGGGCAGCCUGCACAAGAGCCUGAAGGAAGGGGGUGAGAGGGGGGUGGCGCUGGGCUCGAAAGAGAAAGAGAGGGCCAGUAAACAAGAGGCUAAAGAAAGGCAGCAGCAGCAUCAACAACAGCAACAACAGCAACAGCAUCAUCAACAUCAUCAUCACCAACAGCAGCAGCAGCAGCAGCAGCAGCAGCAAGCCUCGCUGGAAGAGGAAAGCAACAGAGCACUGGAGCGACACAAAGCAAGCCUGCCUCCCGAGAGCGGCCACUGCAAAGAGGACUCACUGGGCAGGGGGAAGCACCUCAGUGCCUGCCUGGUGAAUGCCAAGAUGCUGAAUGGAGAAUCUGGUGGCAACACCAACACUAAGAGUGCCAUGUUAAGCUGUGGGGGUGGGGGUGCCCAGACCAGGCACGUUGGAGGGGGCAGCAGUAGCCGCUGUGCCAAGAAUGGCAAUAGUACCGGUAACACUAACAGUAAUAGCGGUGAGAUGCGGUUAAGCGGGCACCCCCAGGACUGCUUGGAGAGCCGGCAGAUGCUCCACCACUCCUACUCGGUCCCCCCUCCCCUGUCCAUGAGCUCCGCGACGGGGGCAGGAGGCGCAGGUGGGUUCCCCUGCCUCCAGCUACACACCGCUCACCCUCACCACCCUCACCAUCACCACCACCACCACCACCCCCACCACCCCGACUUCUACUGCCCCCCGCCUCCGCCCCCUCUUACCACCACUUCCUCCCAGGACAAAGGGGGUGCCGCUGGGCGUGAGCUGAAAGUCACCGGGCCCACCUUUGUGCCUUCCGUCGGACACUUGGGGGACAAGAACAGCGGGCCCUUCCAGCUGGGCAACCCUGAUUGCCGGGGUGGGGGUGGGGGCAGUGCCAAGGAUAGGACACUGGAGAAAAACAAUGGACAUAAUAACGGGGCGCCUCCGAACAGCUGCCAGAGAAAGCAACAGCAGCAGCCCUACGGGAAGGCAGAUAAGGCUUCCGAUUGGCUUCAAAGUCACCAUCACCACUUACAACAGCAGCAGCAGCAGCAGCAGCAACAACAGAAUCAAAGUGCACGAUCCCGUAGUCUCGAAUGCAUCAACAGCGCCGACAUGGACCUGUUCAGACCCUCCCUCCCUCAGGGGGCGAAGGGAGGCCACUCGGGGAAAAGUGGCCCUUACAUCAGCACCCCUCCCUUCCAGGACUGUUCCCACUCAGGUCCUGCUCCUACCACUCAGUCGUCUGAAGGGCUGACCUCGUCCAGUAAAGGAGGUCAACAUCAGGGCCGCGCUAACGGGAGCGGCUGCACUUUAGAGCGGGGUGGGCAGAAGGUGGCUCGCAUCAGGCACCAGCAACACAGGCCCGGUCCGGAAGCAGGGGGCGACCUGGGCAACAGCGGACAGGAGAUGAAGAGGAAGCUGGAGCUGGCAUCCCUUGGGUAUGGCAACAGCGAGCAGCAACACCUGCCCCACUGGGCAAUGAGGGGGCAGCAGAUCCAGGCCGAGGAAGAGCAGAGGAAGAACUACCUGGAUCCUUUCAGCAGUGGCAGUAGACUGCAGAGUCAACAAAAUCAAAAUCAACAACAGCAGCAGCAGCAGCAACAAGGGAUGCCCCCCCAUAGCUCCAGCCAGCAGGAGACCCAAGCCUCUCAAGGGGAGAGCUCAGCUAUGAAGAGCCUUCUGAAGUACAGCAGCCAGCAGCAGCCCCUCUUGCUGGCCCAGAAGAGCCCGUUUGGGGGCCUGGGCAGCCUCAAGACCCCCAGCAACAGCAACAGCACCAGCUGUGCCCUGCAGGAUGCCAAGCAGCCUCUGCCCCCGAGGAAGGGCCCUCCCCACGACUCGGAGCGGCAGGACUGCGGUGGGGGCCGGAGCAGGGAGGCGGGUGACGGACCCCACGGCGAGGGGGAGGUGCGCCAGCCCCCCGUGGGCAUCGCAGUGGCUGUUGCCAGGCAGAGAGAGCCGCAGAGCCACCCACCCGAUGGGCAUCCUGGGCACAGCCGGCAGGGCAGGGUGCUGCCAGCCAUGAAAGGAGUCCCGCGCUCCGUGUUCUCUCUGGAUGCUGAGGGGGAGGAGAGGAAGAGGCUCUGUGAGGAUCAGCUGGGACUACCCUGCCUGGACCGGGACAGAGAACUCUUCAUCAGGGAGAGCAAAGAGCGGGUGGAAUUUGCCAGAAUCCAUCCUUCCAGCAGUUGCCAUGGCGACCUUACCCCCCACCUCAUGGUGCCAGGCGGAACUUCCCUGCAGGCCAGCCAAUUAGGAGCUGACCCUGCGGCACACGCCCAUCCAGCACAUCACCAUUGGAUGCCACGGACAGGAAGUCCCUCCUUGUGGAUGACUGGUCAUUCCUAUGGGCUCAGCCACGCGGCUCUCCAUCAGAAUCUGCCCCCUGGCUUCUCCGCGGCGAUGCCCAGCCCCCUGCAGCCUGUGCUGCCUCUGCCUCAGGACCCCUCUGCCCAGCUGGUCGUGCUGCCCAGCGAGCCGCCUGCACACCCCGCCACGCACCACCUCGACGUGAUGGAACAGCCCUCUCUGUGGCCCCCGAUGUACGCCGCACGGGGCCCCGGCUCUCACAUGCAGCACCCCGCACAGCUGCCCAACAUGUACUCGCGAUCCCAGUUUAUACGGCAACAGGAGCUGUACGCGCUACAGCAGCACCAGCAGCAUCAGCACCACCAACACCAACAGCAGCAGCAGCAGCAACAGAGAGCAGCUCAGGCCAUGGAGAUGCAGCAAAGACACUCCCAAAUACAGCCCCAGAGGAAGCCCGAGGACCCCCCGAUGGAGCUGGAGGAUCUCCUCACACAGAGGACCCUGAAGAGCGCCAAGCCAUUCUCCUACACCCCUGCCAAGAGCGUGCCACCCCCGGCGGGCUGUGCAGCCAGGCUAUCCCCCUGCUCUCGCACUCCCUCCCUGCGGCCCCACCCCAAGAGCACGCCCUGCACUCCCUGCCCUGCGCCCAGCCCCGCCACCGCCCCCCGCUCCCCUGCCCUCAGCCCCGCCCCCUCGCACACCAACAAGGGGGCGGAGCCACAGGACAAGAGAGGGGAGGGGCAGCCGCCUCAGGACUACCCACAAUCCCUAGAGCCAGACCUGCCACCUGGAUACACCUACCCGGCCGUCGUUAUGGGUUACAGCAACGGCCCCUCCCCUCAGGACGUACGAUUGGCUGAACCGGCCGACCUGCAAGCCAUGCAGACGGAGCCAGCCGAGCCUUCUCCAAGGCCACUCCCCUUGGGGGAGGAGUCUGCGUGUGAGGAGGGCAAUGCCCCCUUGAGAACGUUGGUGCAGGAAGAGGAGGCGGGGCCUGGGACAGUAGAACCCGGAGGCGGGGUGGAAGGGGGAGGGGUUGAGGGCUGCUGUACCUCCCCAGAGCUGGAGUCCAGUGGACUGUUCCACUGCCCCGGAACAGAGGGGGGGAUCUCUGAGCUCCCUGCCCCUUCACCGACUCCCCCCACUUCCCCUUCUGUGGGGCAAACUGAGGUGGAAGGCUCCUCUUCAGAAUGCGCGCAAGUGACGGAAUCUGGGGAGGAAAGAAAGGGUGAAGAGGAGAAAGAGGAGGAGGGAAAGGAUGGGCCGGUGGAAGGAGGAGAAAGCAAAGUUUACCAGGACCUCAUGCCUGCCGGGGAUACCCCGUCCUCCCCUGAAGCGGUAGCUGACACCACUGAGUCGGGGAGGAAUUCCCCCAGCGAAGCCCCUGGGGAUACCUGGGACAGCCCAUCACCACAGGGUGACACUCUUACCCACAAUACCUCAGGAGAUCGGGCGGACCGGACCAUGGUGGCAGGCUGGUUACCGGGCCCCAACACCGGCCUGGACCUGCUCAUCGCAGCCAGCCUCAGCGCAGAGGGACAUAUCUCUCCGACACCCCCCAUCGCCAACCAACCACAGACCUCAGGCUUUCACCCCUGCUCAGGGAGCCACGGGAUAGCGCUGCUGAGUGAGCUGGUGGAUCUGGAGCUGCAGCAGCAGAGGAGCAGGGCAGGGGAGAGUGAAGGAGCGGAGCUGCUGACCUUUGACCUGCAGAGCUUGGCGACCCUGGCUGCGGCUCGCUCUCUGGAGCUCGGUCUCUCCUCCCCCAGCCCUGGGAGGCCGUGCCACGCCCGCAGAGCCUUCAACCUGCGUAGGGAGUGCAGCUGGACUCCUCGCCAUGAGCCGGUGUGCCCGGUGAAGAGUGCUAUGGACAGGAUGGACAGCCAGGAGGUGGAGAUGAGGAUGAGGCUGGCAGACCUGCAGAGACAGUACAAAGAGAAGCAGAGGGAGCUCGCCAAGCUGCAGAGGAGGCACGACCACCAGAAGGAGGAGAAGUCCCGCAGCCCGGCUCGGAGGGGUCCUGGCAGGCCUCGCAAGCGCAAACCUGCCCCUGGGAGUGUCAGCACCCCUGGAGAGGGAGGGCGGAGAGUCAAGUCAUUGGGUGCGGGGCUAGGGCUGCUGUGUGAGGAGCUGGGAGGAGGAGGAGCAGGAGGGGAGGUGAAGAGGAAGAAAAAUAAACUGUCUGAGUUUGAGCGGCUGAGCACAUCACAGAUGAAGGCUCGGUGCAAGCAGACCGGCCCCCAAGUAGCACUGAGCUCCAAACAGGCCCGGAAAGCGUCCCAACUGAAGCAGAAUGCCAAGGUGCAGCGGGGGGGCUCUGGUGGUACCCCGUUCCGCAGGAGAGAGGCCUCCACCCCCAGCUCCGCUCCCCCCAGGCUGUCGAGGGGCCAGGGCACCCCCAGAGCAGAGCAGAAACGAGUGGGAGAGAGCGUGAGCCAGACUGAUACAGGGGUCAGUGUGGACAAUGUGGCUCAGGAGAGCUGGGCAGGGAGGGAGCUCUUUGUGAGGAAGAGGAGUGGGAGGAAGGACGGAGCUCCCCUGACCAGGACCGCCUCUGCCGCAGCAGGCCACCACCCCCCUCAGAGACCACUGGCAAGGGGGCGGGGCCGUCCAGGAAGCAGGCAACCCAAACAGGAAGUGGUCAUGGAGAAGGAGACAUCCCGAUCGGAGAGCGAGUCUUCAGAGGAGGAAGAGCAGGAUGAAUGGAGCUACGACAACGAUGAAGGGGAUGAUGACAUCAUAGCCCCGCCCUCCAAAGACCCCACCCCCAGCACAGCCCUGUUAGGCCCCUCACCCUCGUCAGUUGUUAAGCUGGAAGCCAAUCAGAAAGCCAAGAAGAAGAAGGAAAGGCAGGGCCUUCUGGGGUCAUUGCAGCUGCCGGUAGCAGAGGGGGAGGGAGAGGUGAAGGUGAGGAAGCAGACCCCCUCCAGGCCAGGGAAAAGGAGGAACGAGAGCAGGGAGCGAGACGGAGAGAAGCGAGCCAAAGGGCUCAGGCACCAGCAACAGGAACAGAGCUGGACUGACCCCAGCGCCAGGAGCAGUCUGUAUCGGGCCAGCACAAGGGUCCAUCCCUCCAGCACGCCCAGCGAGAGGCUGAGGAAAGCCACAAGGAAGAACAAAGCACUGCAGGGAUCCUCCAAGCAGAAGAAAAUCAGUGUGCUGGGAGGGGCCCUGUCCCCACGCAGACUGGAAUGUGUCUCCAGCAAGGACAAGAACAACAGCAAGUUAAGGAGCAAACCGUUGAAAGGCCGGGCGGUGAGUCGGCUGCUGGAGAGCUUCGCUGCGGACGAAGGCUUCCAGAUUGAUGAGGACAGCAGCUUCUCAGAGGAGGAGGAGGAGGAGGAGGAGAACGAGAGCGCCCCCCUCUGCUCGCCCCGGGACAGGAGCAGCACCCCAACCAUCCCUAACUGUACCCUGACGAAAGAAUCCCUAGUGGACGGGCUGAAGGUCCUAAUCCUCAAAGAGGACGAUCUGCUCUACGCUGCCUACAUCCACACGCUGCAGCCCCCAGACAUCUACAGCAUAAUGAUCGAGGGGGAGAGAGGAAACCGGCCGAGAAUCUACUCCCUCGAGCAACUCUUGCAGGAAGCGGUGCUGGACGUUCGGCCGCAGUCGGAACAGGAGCUGACAUCAGGAACCCGGGUGUGUGCCUACUGGAGCGAGCGAUCGCGCUGUCUGUACCCGGGCUACGUGCGCAGAGGGGGCCCCAACGAGGAGGAGAAGGAAGGCUCUGUCAUGGUGGAGUUUGACGAUGGAGACAGCGGACGAAUCUCACUGUCCAACAUCCGCCUGCUUCCCCCGGACUACCAGAUCCAAAGUACGGAGCCAUCCCCAGCCAUGCUGAUCUCCAAUGGGAGGCGGAAAUGCCGCAAGGCUGCCUUGGAGAAGACUCUGCAAGGGGACUCUGCUCAGCGAGCCUCCCCAGAGAGACAGAGCCACACAGAGCCCGGCAGGACCCAAGGGAGGAGGACCGCCAGCAAGGGAAAGACAGGAAAAGUGAAGACAGCCAACUCAGGAACAAAUAGCACAGCUUCAGGAAGCCUGUGUAAGAGCAACAGCAGCAGCAACAACAGCAGCCCCCUUCUGAGCUGGCCCGGAGUGGCGCUGCCCAAAAAGAGAACGCCCCACAAGAUGGGCAUGGGCCUUCAGAACCUGUUCCAGCUCAAUGGGAACCCCAGGAAGAUGUCCAAGAGCAAGGAGACAGGCAGCGGGGGCUUCACCCUGCACCCACUCUCCACGCCUCCCUCCACCCCAGCCAAGACCAUCUUCAGCAGCUCCUUCGAGGUGGACUCCUUCAGCAGCAUCGCCAACGGCUACUCCAGCUUUGGGAGCCAGGCAGGGCUGCCGCUCAGCCCCAGGAACAACACCUCGUCCCGGGGCAAGAGGCUGCCGCACGACGGAGGGCAGAGGGGGAGGAAGGCUGGCAGGGGAGCCGAGUUCCUGGUCAAGCUGGACCACGAGGGUGUGACCUCUCCCAAGACCAAAAACGGCAAGGCUUUGCUGCUGCUGGGCAACGCGGGGAGCAACGGCAGGGUGGAGAAGGGUUUCGGGGCCAAGGAGGUGGUGGUGGUAGAUGCCUCUCCUGUGGGAUACACUCACCCCGUGCUGCUGGUGAAGGACAACAAGAAGGGGGGCGGAAGCAGGGCGGACCUCCUCCUGAAAGGGGCCGGCCAUCUACGCAAGCCCCCCGCCUCCUCCCUGGGGCUGGGCGAGUACUCCGAGUUCGGGAUGAACUGCGACAGCGACUGCCACAGCUCCUACUCUGACAUGGACGAGGAAGACGACGAGGAGGAAGAUGAUGAAAGAAACACCGGAUUGAGGAACGCCGGACGCUUCCUGUCGCAGCUCUCCGUCUCCUCCACCUCCUCUGUGUCUUCCAGCUCCUCCAGCUCCGGCUCUCUCUCCAGCUCCAGCCUGUGCUCCUCCGACAACGAUUCCUCCUACAGCUCAGAGGACGAGGAGGACACCCUGCUGCUCCAGUCCUGCCUCUCCUCCCACCCCUCAGUCCCCACGGCCCUCCUGCAGCCCCCGGAGCCCCCCGCCAAUGCUGGCUCCUUCGUGGCCAAGGCCAUGGCAGUCAGCAGCAGCAAGCCACUGAAGAGGAAAGAGAGCCCCAGCUCCUCCUCCUUAAAGACAGCCAAGGACCUCGCCAAGAGGCAGAGGCUGCCCUCCGUCGACAACGGGCCCAAGAUCUCCAACUUCCUGCCUGCCAGGCAGCUCUGGAGGUGGUCUGGGAACCCCACCCAGAGGCGAGGUAUGAAGGGAAAGGCCAGGAAGCUGUUCUACAAGGCGAUCGUGCGCGGGAAGGAGGCGGUGCACGUGGGAGACUGCGCUGUCUUCCUGUCCGCUGGCCGGCCACACCUCCCCUACAUCGGCCGAAUCGAGAGCUUCUGGGAGUCCUGGGCCAGCAACAUGGUGGUCAAGGUCAAGUGGUUCUACCAUCCUGAAGAGACCAAGCUGGGCAAGAGACACAGAGACGGCAGGCAUGCCCUGUACCAGUCUUGCCAUGAAGACGAGAACGACGUGCAGACCAUCUCUCACAAGUGCCAGGUGGUAAACCUUGAGGAGUACGAGUGCCUGAGCCAAGGCAGGAAGCACCACAAUGGCCAGGACCUCUACUACCUGGCCGGGACCUACGACCCCACCACAGGUCAGCUGGUCACUGCCCAGGGGGUGUCCAUCCUCUGCUAGCGGCCACGGAGACAGGUGACCGGAGACAACGGCCGAGGACUCCACCCCAGCCACCACUCUCCUCUGAGAAACGGUAUGGCUGCUGGAGUUCUAAUGGAGACGGGUUGGAUUGUAUGGGGUUGACUAGAGGAGAGUCCGGAUCGGCUCAGUCCACUGCGCUUCAGCAGAGUUCACGAGAGCUAGCCCAGCCAGACAGGCCCCACGAGGGCCAUGCAGCCCAGGGGUACCAGAAGCACUUGAGGACAAUAGGGAGACAAAAGAGUGGGACUUGAGAAAACAAAUAAUCCUCUUUCAAAAAGACACACAUUUAGUUUGUUUUGUGGAGGCGGUAGGCACAGUUACAGUUUCACCUCACCCCCCCACUUUCUCUCUUUCUCAAUGAUUGUGUGAAGACCUGGAAUACAAAUGUUAAGGCAUCAUGUUGAUUUAACAAGUAGCCUAGAAGUAUCACAGCUCUGUCCCUGUAAUUGGUUGCUGCAACUGGUAGCUGUUGUACCCAAAGUGCACUUCAGAAAGAGCCAAUGCCAGCCUGGGCUUCUGAUCCUAGCCAGGGGAACACACCCCAUCACAGUCAGCCCUUCCGAAGGCGUCCUGCAUGCCUACAGUACUAGGUACUGCGGCCAGGCAUACAACUGUAAACCUUCAGCACUCACAAAAGAGAAGAUUUAUUCUGAAGAAUUAUUCAAACUUUUUUGGUGGCGAUGACAGGCGAGAACAAUUGGCUUUCUGUGAUCCUCAGAACCUGAAAGAAAAACAUCCAGCACUUUGCUCGAGCCCUCCCUAUCAGUCUGUCAUCUGAGGACAGCCAGAGGGGUUCUUUCACAGGAGGGGAUUUGAGGACAAUUGUUCAUCCAAAGGUUUUCUAAAUAACUUUCAUCAGAGAAUCCCAGGACCUUUUUGUAGAAGAAAUCAAACAAUAAAAAUUUGCCUACAAGUUGGCUGCCAAAGUAGGUGUGCCGUGCAGCUGUGAAGAAUGGUUACUUCAUAUUCCAGAGUGGGAUUCCCUGUGUUGCUGAUGUGGAUGUGUGUAUUGAAUGGGGUAGGGCGGGGGUAAGAGAAGUCUUGUAUGUACGUUCAUGUAUGGACAGCUUGGGUUUUCUUCAGGGUUGGGACAGUGUGGGUUAGGGACUGUGCUUCAGUAGGAUUUUAAGUAGAGAAUUAUCUCCAGACCUCAUUUUGAUGUUUCCAGGGAUAUUUUUAUCGUACAGUAAACAAAAAAAAAAAAAGAGGAAUGAUAAUUUUCCAAUCAAGCCAUACACUUCAAUACCUCUGCCUGUUACCUGAAUCAGGUGUAAACUGUACAGGUCAUUCAGUUUCUUCUUUGUGUCCAUAUGUGUGUGUGUGUGUGUGUAUGUGUAUAAUCAUUCUUACAAAAGUUUUUUGUUGUUUUUCUUUUUGUUUUAAUGAUCGACCCAGGACUUUGCUCUUAAAAAAAAAAUAUGAUACAAAAAAACCUAAUGGUAAAAAAAUGAAGUGCACUGUAUCUCUCCUUCACUCUUCUUGAGCCCAGCUGGGAGUGUGAAGUUUGUGAAAUCUUGUAAAUAGCAACGCUUAGAGAUGGGUGUUCCUAGUUUGUAAAACCUGCCUCAUCUCUGCAACUGAAAAAGUGGACUGGGCGGACAAGGCUGUCUGUUAAAUUGUGAUCUCAUUUUAUUUAAUACAUUUUUUUUUUUUUUUUUAAU